GACUUCCGGCGUGGGCGCUGAGGGCCGGGCCCUUCUUGGAUCCCGGACUUUGGGGAAACGCGGCCCUGGGUUCCUACCUCUGGGAAGUUCUGGCGAGGGCGGGCCACUGGUCCGGCGCGGCUGUGCCCGGGACCGGUUGAGGCCAAGGCGCCGGAGUCGGCUGCGCCCCGACUGGAGCUGGAAUCCUCGGCCGGAAUUGGAGCCCGGGCCCCCCAGCUCCUGCCGACGCGGUCCAUCCUUGCUCGGGGCUCGGGGCUCGGGGCCCCGGGGCGCCUUCCUAGGCGGGCGCGGCUGGUUUCGGCGCCAAGGCGCGCCGGGGGCCUGACGAUGGCGUCGGGCUUGGGUUCCCAGGAACGGGAAGGGCUCCUGAUAGUGAAACUGGAAGAGGACUGCGCGUGGAGCCAGGAGCUGCUCCCGCCCGACACAGGGCCCAGCCCCGAGGCUUCUCACCUGCGCUUCAGACGGUUCCGCUUCCAAGAGGCCGCUGGUCCCCGGGAAGCCCUCAGCCGGCUCCAGGAGCUUUGCCAUGGGUGGCUGCGGCCUGAGAUGCGCACCAAGGAGCAGAUCCUGGAGCUGCUGGUGCUUGAGCAGUUCCUGACCAUCCUGCCCCAGGAGAUCCAGAGCAGGGUGCAGGAGCUGCACCCGGAGAGCGGCGAGGAAGCGGUGACACUUGUGGAGGAUGUGCAGAGAGAGCUUGGGAGACUGAGGCAACAGGUCACAAACCAUGGGCGGGGAACAGAAGUGCUUUUGGAGGAGCCUUUGCCUCUGGAAACAGCACGAGAGUCACCGAGCUUCAAGCUGGAGCCAAUGGACACUGAGCGAAGCCCUGGCCCCAGGCUGCAGGAGCUGCUAGGCCCCAGCCCCAAAAGGGACCCCCAGGCUGUAAAGGAGAGGGCAUUAUCUGCUCCCUGGCUUUCUCUCUUUCCUCCUGAAGGGAAUAUGGAAGACAAAGAGAUGACUGGGCCCCAGUUGCCUGAGAGCUUAGAGGACGUGGCAGUGUACAUCUCCCAGGAGGAGUGGGGACAUCAGGAUCCCAGUAAGAGGGACCUCUCCAGGAACACGUUGCAGGAGAGUUAUGAGAAUGUGGACUCACUAGAGUCUCACAUUCCCAGUCAGGAGGCCCUAAGCACCCAGGUGGAACAAGGAGGAAAGCCAUGGGGUGCCAGUGUCCAGAGUUGGAAGGACGGCCUAAGCCCCAGAAGUGCAGCUCCAGGGGAAGAGAAAUUUGAGAACUGGAAAGAAAGUGCUCCUUCUGUUUCCCCUGAGAACACCCACCCUCAGGCUCUGCUCCCUGGCCAGGCCAGAGGGGAGGUGCCCUGGAGUCCUGAGCAGGGAAGACCUCGUGAUAGGGCAGAAGGGCAUUGGGAGUCUUCCCCAGAGGAUCGAAUGGAGCAGUCCUUAGCAGGAGUCACAAGUUGCAGAGAACUGGGGCAACCAAAGGAACUACAGCCAAAGAAACUCCAUUUAUGCCCCUUGUGCGGCAAAAAUUUCUCUAACAACUCGAACCUAAUCAGGCACCAGAGAAUACAUGCAGCAGAAAGACUGUGUAUGGGUGUAGAGUGCAGUGAAAUCUUUGGUGGAAGCUCACACUUUCUGUCGCUACACAGAGCACACCUGGGAGAGGAAGCCCAUAAGUGCCUUGAAUGUGGAAAGUGCUUCAGUCAGAAUACCCACUUAACUCGUCAUCAGCGCACCCACACUGGCGAGAAGCCCUAUCAGUGUAACAUAUGUGGAAAAAGCUUCUCUUGCAACUCCAACCUCCACAGGCACCAGAGGACGCACACAGGGGAGAAGCCCUACAAGUGCCCCGAGUGUGGGGAGAUCUUUGCUCACAGUUCCAACCUCCUUCGGCACCAGAGGAUUCACACCGGAGAGAGACCCUAUAAGUGUCCCGAGUGUGGGAAAAGUUUCUCUCGGAGUUCACACCUCAUCAUUCACGAAAGAACUCAUGAAAAGGAGAGACUUUACCCCUUCUCUGAGUGUGGGGAAGCCAUGAAUGACAGCACCCCGUUUCUCACAAACCGUGGAGCCCACAAGGCAGAGAAGAAACUCUUUGAGUGUUUGACUUGUGGGAAAAGCUUCCGACAGGCCAUGCACCUCACCAGACAUCAGAGAACGCAUACAGGAGAGAAACCAUAUAAAUGUACCCUUUGUGGGGAAAACUUCUCUCACAGAUCCAAUUUAAUCAGGCACCAAAGAAUUCACACGGGAGAAAAACCCUAUACCUGUCAUGAGUGUGGAGACAGUUUCUCUCAUAGUUCCAAUCGGAUUCGUCACCUGAGAACCCAUACAGGAGAGAGACCCUAUAAAUGUUCUGAAUGUGGAGAAAGCUUUUCUCGGAGCUCACGCCUUGUGAGUCAUCAGAGAACUCACACGGGUUAGAAACAAUAGGAUUUCUCUUUGCUCCAGAUAGGGUGGCUAUUCAGAGGGUCCUGUUGUCAAGAAGUGGUAUUCCUUGCCUAGCCAACCACAUCACCUCUGUGCUUUUCAGGUAAUUAAUGUAAAGAGGAAAUGGGAGCUCAUUGUGAAGGAGGUGCAGAGACAGCAAAGGAUUAGCACAGAACUAAAAAGGAGGUCUGCCUGCACCAGUAAGGAUGGUGAGUCUUUGAGGUGACCUGCUCAAGGCAGAAUUCUCUAUUGAAUCCGUCCUGUCCCAACGUGCAUCACACCUGGGUAUAUUCAGCCAAGGUGUGAUUUGGGCGCCUUACUGUGUCCAUUAUUUAUCCCAACAACUUUGUGAUCUUUUUGUUACUACUUCCUCACUUGGGACCUUCUACAGAAACCAAGUCUCCUGGGAAGCUAGCUAGAGGUCAACAUAAGACUGUGGUGAGUUGCAACUGUACUGAAAGCAAGCCCUGGCUGGGAAGCCAUGGGCAGUCCAAGUCAGCCAACACAGUGCCCCUUAAUGGCCUGACAGUAGUGCCCAUGGCAGACCACACAUGUAAAUGUGACCUCAGACAAAGAGACAGAGGCCUAAGUAAAAUAGUAAGGUGGGAUUUGUAGGUCAACCCAGAAAUUGGCAGAGGAAAUAGUUGAAUUUGUCUCCCCUUUGCAGAGAUUGAGACUUUCCUCUACCAGUGUCAAAAACAGGUAACAGAGCUCUGGAGACUUGUUCUAGGGUAGAGGGUUCCACAGAAGAUGGAUUCCCUAGGAAACUUUGAAAACGUGGAUCCUAGGGAAAUUAGGGAUUGUGUCCUUGUUAAAUAAGUUUGGAUUGGAGUAAAUAUCUUCAGGAAACAUGAA